AUGGGGGUGCUCCCGCUGCUCCUGGUGCUGCUGGGCCUGGCGGGCAGCCCCGCCGCCCAGGAGGACGUGCCCGGGUCGCUGCGCGUCGCCGCCACGGAGGUGACGGUGCCGCGGCGCCUGAGCCCCCGGGCCGGCCAGGACCCCCUGGCCCUCUCCUACCGGCUGGAGAUGGAGGGGCGGCCGCGGGUCCUGCACCUGCGGCCCCGGCGGGGGCUGGUCUCCCAGGCCUUCACUUUGGUCAGCUACGAGGAGGAUGGGUCCCGCUGGGAUGACCAGCCCUUCGUGCCGGAGGACUGCCUCUAUCAGGGCAAGGUGCAAGGCAGCCCUGGCUCCCUGGUGGCCCUCAGCACCUGCUGGGGGGGCCUCCGCGGCGUCCUGUGGGUGGAGGACAGCACCUAUGAGAUCGAGCCUGUCCCUGAUGAUCCAGCCUUUCGACACGUCCUCUACCGCAUGGAAGAAGCCGACGAUCCUGAGGGCCUCGCCUGCGGACUGACUCAGCAGGAGCUGCAGCACCAAAAGACCUUGUUGCCCCGGCUCCAGAUUGCCCGAGUGGCGGAGGAGGAGGACACGCUGCAGGGUUGGUGGACGCACAUCAGGUAUGUGAAGCUUGUGGUGAUCGUGGACCAAGUGCGGUUUGCGAAGACAGGUAGCAAUGAAUCUGAAGUCUUCAGGGACGUCAUGAACGUCAUCAAUAUUGGGGACUCUCUGUAUGAUCAGCUUUCUGUUCAGCUCUAUGUUCUGGGGCUGGAGAUCUGGACCAAAAGUAAUCUUAUAAAUAUUACUAACUCUGUGGGCAAGACACUUGCAGAAUUUAACAAAUGGAGAAAAGCAAACCUGUCUCCACGGCUGCGCCAUGACACUGCUCACUUAUUUGCAUUUCAGAACUUUGGAAGGAGUUUGGGACUGGCAUACGUGUCGUCCGUAUGUGAUGACCAGUGGUCAUCAGCGGUUGAGUCCUUCACUAACAGGAAAUUGUCUGCAUUUGUUAUCACAUUUACCCAUGAGCUGGGCCAUGUUCUUGGGAUGCAACAUGAUGAACCAGGUUGUAAAUGUAGACGGAAGAAAUGCAUUAUGUUUGAAACUGAGGCCCACACUGAUUCAUUCAGUGAAUGCAGCUACAGAUACUACUUUGACUUGCUUGGGAGUGGUGCAGGCUGUUUGCGUCAACCGCCAGCACCUGGCAGUUUCUACACCAUGAAGCAUAAAUACUGUGGGAAUGAGGUAGUAGAAAAUGGAGAGCAAUGCGACUGUGGCUCGGAAUCAAACUGCAGAAGGGACUUUUGUUGCCACCCUAACUGUACGUUAACUCAAGGCUCAGUUUGUGCAUCUGGAGAAUGCUGCAAGGACUGUCAGAUCCUUCCAGCAGGAACAGUCUGCAGAACGAGUACUGGCGACUGUGACCUGCCGGAGUAUUGCAAUGGGACUUCCCCCUGGUGCCAGCCGGAUGUGUACUUGCAAGAUGGAGCCCGAUGCAAGGAUGGUGCCUAUUGCUAUCGAGGGAAAUGUUCUUCCCACAGUAAACAAUGCAAGCAUCUCUUUGGCAAAAGAGCCAGGGCUGCUGCUUCGAGUUGCUUCAGAGCACUAAAUACUCAAGGUGACCGUUUUGGAAAUUGUGGUAUUGAAAAAAAUAUUCGAUUUAUAAAAUGCAAAACUGAGGAUAUCUUAUGUGGUAGGAUCCAGUGUGAAAACAUACACAGAUUGCCAUAUUUGCGCAACCACAUAACCAUAAUCCAAACCCCUGUUGGAGAUAAGAAGUGUUGGGGUAUUGACUAUCAUGUAGGGAUGCCUACAGCCGACGUGGGGGCUGUGAAUGAUGGCACGCCAUGUGGUAGUGAUAUGCUUUGUAUCAACAGGACGUGUACCAACGUGUCACUGCUGAACUACGACUGUAAUGUGACAAAGUGCCACAACAGAGGAGUGUGCAAUAAUCGUAAGAACUGCCACUGCGAGUACGGCUGGGCUCCUCCAUAUUGCGAACUGGAAGGACUUGGAGGUAGCAUUGACAGCGGACCCCCUCCAGCCACGGAGAUUUUUCGUAGAGCUAAAAUAGGAAUAAUAGUACUUGGCCUUGUUGUUCUCUGCAUCCUCGGAGCUACUCUUAUCAUAUGUUAUAAACGGGAAAUAGCAAGAUGGUUUAGGAGGAUAACAGCUCGAUUCCGCAUCAAAAAACCAGCAGUUGCUCCAAAUGCCGGAAAUCCCAGCACUUCUUAA